UGCACCUUUUAUUUCAAAAGUCGCUCGCUCGAAUGAUCGCAAAAUCAAAGUCGAUCACAGAUUUCUGAGGGAAGAAUCCUAAGGCUGUGCCGCGACUUUGCUGAUCGGUGUUACGUUUUUGUUCAAGUGAAAACUGCUGUACUCACGUACCCUGCAUAUGUACUCGAGUGCCACGACUAAUGGUCUGAUUAACUGCUGCAGAGUACAUGGAGUAGGAAAAAUGGGCAGCAUAAAGUCGGCUAGUAUGAAAGAAAAUGGUGAGAAGCGGGGUUGGAAGAGAUCGAAAUCGAAAUCUUCAUCGUGGGGUAUUCAUAAAGGUAAUAAAGGCCCGAGAAAGUACAUUGUCGAAGUAUCAGAUAGUAAGGAAGAGGUUGUUAGAGAAGAGCUAUUUGAAGGGCUAUCUGGACCGUGGUCAGAUUGGUUCUGGAGUGAAGAUUAUCAAGUUUUUUAUAGAGGGAGGCUGGAUGCUAAUGGUGGGUCUUUUUUUCCCCCUAUUUCCCUCAUUUCAUUACUCCCAAGCGUGAUACAAGAUCUCUUUCCUUUUUCUCUCUGUGAUUUGACCCUGAUUUGAUCUGAUCUGAUAACCAACAAUACUUCAACUAAAUUUAACUAAUAAUAUGUAUGGCAGAUAUGUGGGACUACGAAUACGACUAUCAAGUUCCAAAGCGCGAAACACCGCGCUUUGUACCGCCGAUCAAUAUCGAAUCUGUGGAAAGCGAGAAAGUUGCGCUGGAGGUGUCGAUGGAGCUCCCUGAUAUAGGAGCAGAGGAAUAUACGUGGAUGAUGGGGUUUUCUGAGGAUAUGAAGAUAGGCGUAAUGGAUGAGGAAGAAGUACAAGAUGUGGAAACAAUGAAGGGAAAAGAUGGGAAUGAAAGCUUCGAGGUGUGUACAUGAUAUUUUUUGUUUUUAUUUUAUGUGGAGUCAGGAUGGUCCUCAUGAGAUAUAGGAUCAAAAUAGUAGCGAGAAUAAUACGCAGAUAAAUAUAGAGGAUGCAGGAAAAAAAGGUAUGCGCACGUCAGAGUUUCUAUAUUAGAGAUGAGGAAACUUACGAGAGACUAGCGAACAAGAAAUCAAUGGUUACAAAAGAUUAUGAGAGGAAGCAGUAUGGGUAUGGCGGGAGGAAACGUUAAGGGAAUAUUGAAUUGUAUUAAUUAUGUGAUAUGGCGUUUGAUCACGGCCUAGGGGUGCGGUAUA